AUGGCUUUACGUGUUUUAUGGAUGAACGGAAGCCGAUCGGAAGGUGUUUCUAUUGCACAGUCAGACAUUGAUUUUAUGUGUGAAGCACAAGGUGUGAUUGUGAAUACAAUGCCUUAUUCAGAAAAGUCUUCUGAUCAAGUUUCACAUUUAGUUAUGGACCUCAAACGUGUACACCCAGGCUAUACAAAGUUAUUGUAUAUAAAUGAUUGCAAUGCCAAGGACAUAAGUGAGUUUGCAAUCUACGGAAAUGGUUUAAAUUCUUUAUGUCCAUGUGAAUCAAAUUAUGUAUCAAACACAUUGGUACUUGAUUAUUGGAACUCCCAGUCAGCUUCUCUUCUCCCUGAUCAACACAGAGAGAAAGAUUUAUAUUUCCAUGGUCCUUGUGUACUUAUGGCGUACACAAUAAUGAUGAAUCGACAUGAAAUUGAUGUCGCUAUUUCAUUAAAAAGCGAGUGGCCAGUAGUCGCAGAGGAAUGGAUAAGAAGAGAAAGAAAAUAUAACUGGCCUUCUUCAUGCAUGAUAAAUCAAAUUAAGGAACAAGGCAUAAAUCUGGUUCCCGUAGGGCAUGCUAAUUCACCAAAUAAAGAACUUGAAUGGAGAUUAUCAUUUUCAAAAGCUGAAAGACUUUUAGUAUGGUCUUUCAAUCCGGUUCAGCAUAUUUGUAUGAGUGUAAUGAAACAUUUCUUCAAAAGUAAAAUAACUCCAAAAUUUCCUGAUUUGUUUCCAUCAUAUUUUAUCAAAACAGCAAUAUUUUGGAUGAUAGAAGAAACAGAGAUCUGCUUUUGGAUUGAAGAAAAUUUGCUCGCAUGUUUGAACGCACUCUUUGAAAAAUUGGUUACUUACCUAGAAAGUAAUAAAAUUGACAACUAUUUCAUACCCGCAGAUAAUAUGAUGGACGCAAAGCCAGAAGAUAAACUGAAUAGUUUAAAACUUGAACUUCUGAAGUAUAAACACAAUUCGGAUAGUUUAUGGAUGAAACUGCUUAUAACUGAAAUGUCAACGUUUGGUGAAAAUAACAUUUCUUAUCAUCAUAUGCAGAUAAAUUGCUUAAGCCUCUCUCGCUUUUUUAUAUAUACAGAGCUGAAGGAUUUAGAUUAUCAAACCUGUUUGCGAAAUGUAGAUAGAGCCAUAACAAUCCUUAAUGGAACCGAUAUCUUUCCUGACAUGCGUAGACAUUUGAUAAGUGAAAUCAAUAUAACCAAAGCAUGUCUACAGUUUCACAAUGACUGUUACAAAAACGAAAUGCCUUCAGAAAAAGACAUGACAAGUAUAGAAAAGAAAAUACAAACUGGAUGCGCCCUAAACAACUCAACAGGAAAAUUAAUACUCUGUACGUUUCUAUUGUACACAAAACAAUAUCAGGAGGCGUUGAAUCUUUUACAAGAUAUUGAAGAUCAGUUUACUGAUUUGGUUGUGCAUUACAGGAUCUGGGAACGUUCGAAAAAGCCAAAGGAUGAAGAUUACGACUUAACAAAGCCACGGUCCUCAUUCGAGGAUACUAUGAAGACUUUUAUUGCUUUAGAUGUGGUUGUAAUCCCAUUUCUUCUGAGAAUCUAUCCUCAGUCAAUACAAUCGAUUCCUAAAGCCGAAGAACGGGUGUUAUUUAUAAAUCCUGUUUUUUACACCAAUGUGUUAAAAUUUCACUGUCAUCAUUUGUUACAAAAUCAUGAUAUAUGUCAAAAUAUUCUUGAAGAAAUGAAAACGUGUUCGGCACUGAAACAAGAUGUUUCGGAUUCAACUUCUGAAAACAUAAUUUCCAAUUGCAAACUGAUGUUGACUUAGACACAGACACAGAGACAGACAUAACCACGUAUAAAUGAACAGCGCCUUAUAACAUAUCCUGUGUUGGUGCGACGUAACCCCCUCCCCACCCCGAAAAAAAUAUCAAAAUGAAAAUGCACAUGUGUAUUUAGUAUUUCUUUUAGCGCCAUUGCUCGCGCGAUUAUUGUUUUAUUGUGAAUUUCCUCAUUAGAAUAAGAUUUUGUGAUUCGUUUGUGAUAAAGUCUGAUGCACAAACGCCAGUAUUCGUAUCCAAUACCGCCGUAUCAUUAACUACAUAUAGACAAAAAACAUCAAUGAUUAAACUUUAAUACUUGAGUUAGCAAAAUUCACAGAAUAGAAACUUCUUAAUGAUUAUUGUUUGACUGAUUUUAAGUUUUGCUGAACUGAUUUGAAUUUUUGACUGAUUGGUAUUGAUUUUAAAGUUCGUGAACGGUAAGUAUUUUCCUUCCCCUCCCCCCUCACUUCCUAUUUUGUUCUCUCUCCCAUUUUCCUUACACCUUUGGAUUCCCGUAUCGGUCCUUUUAGAUAGUAUCAUUUCACUUAUUAUAUGUCCUUCCCCUCUUUUCACAGUCCUUGUGUUCUAUGCCUUCUGGGUGCUGUGCCGGUGUGGCAUGGCUGGUUAUUGUCGGAGUUUGCGUUCUGUAAACGUCGCCUUACCGUGAUAAUUUUGUUCUCGCUUUAUUGAUCAUUUAAUUGAAUCUCACUGAAAGACGCCGUACAAUCGGCAAAUUUAAUAUGUGUUACAAUGUGACAAAUAAAUGGUAUAAAAUUUUGA